UCAGUGAUCAAAAUGAAAGCUGAAUUGUGCCAGCUCUUGCUUCUACUGCUGCUGUUGGACCAAGCCUCCAUCAUUCGGGCCUUGAAGUGUCACGAGUGUACAGGGAUUGGUGACUGCCUGAAGCCUACAGAUUGUAACAAUCUAACAAGAUAUUGCUUAAACACGUGGCAUACUUCUCCAGAUAAGAAGACUUGGGUCAUCAAGUCUUGUGCUUACAGCUGUCCACCUGCCCUAGAAGAAUACGGUACUUCCCCAGCAACCUGUUGUAGGACAGAUCUCUGUAACAGUGCCCUGAACAUCGGUGUCAAUGGGUUUCUUCUCAUCGCCUGCCUGUGGGCUGCUGUUUCUGCAGUCUUGUCAUCAGCUGGUCUGUAGUAGGCUGGUCUCAGCCUUGAAAAAAGCACAGUCCACUCUCUUCAGCACAUGGGAACACACAUAUGACCUCAGACCUUGGGAAGAUUACAGUUCUUCUAUAACAUUAGUCCCAACAAGUUCAUGCUGCUGGAUGACGUCAAGAAAUUGCUGAGUUAUUCCUCAGUUCUCUCUCCUUUAUUGGAUGGUUGCAAAACUCAAUAUGGACUUCACUCCUGCACCUUCUGUUGUCAUAUUCUCUUGACUAGCUCACAAUGAGAUAGACAUCUCCCCUAAAAAGUAAGAAAGAAUGGACACAAAAGAGACAGAAGCAAUUUCAAGGUAACAUAUCUCUCAUCAUCAUGAAAGAGCUUUGAAUGUCCUUCAUCUCCCCAAAGGCCCUCAGUUGAACUUCUCAGACUUUCAUGUCUUGUUUCUGAGAAACCAUGCCUUUGGUGGCCAUGUCAUAGCUUUGGCUCAUAUUGAGUUUAAAGUUCUUGACAACCUCCAGAUCUUUUCUUCAGAAAAUGCUAUCUUGUUUUAAAAUGAAGUGCUAGAGCAGAACCUAUUAUGUUUCAGUUGAAGUUUAAAAAAAGGGGAAGCAAUUAUGAUUUUAGAUAAAGCAAAA